AUGAAACAUCAGAAUGUAAACGCAACUAUCACCGAGAUCCGCAUGGGGUUCUGGAUAACGAAAGUGCGGCGGGUACUGCAGCGGGUUAUCCGGAACUGUGGUGUGUGCAAACUCCAGCGUGCAACCCCAACCCCACCUUUAAUGGGUCCGUUGCCUGAAGAUCGCCUAAAACCGGGUGGAUGGCCAUUUGAGUACACUGGUUUAGACUAUUUCGGACCACUACUUGUGACGGUGGGUCGACGCCAAGAGAAGAGGUGGGUGGCUCUAUUCACCUGUUUAAGAACUAGAGCAAUUCACCUGGAGCUAGCCCACGAUUUGUCAACAGACUCCUGCAUACUUGCGAUGAGGAAUUUUAUGUGCCGCCGAGGACCAGUAACAAAGCUGCGUAGUGACAAUGGGAAGAAUUUCAUCGGCGCAGACAGGGAAGCCAAACGGUUUACCGACGUUUUUGAAGCAGACAAGAUCCAGGACGAGCUUGCUACCCGUUGUGUGGAGUGGAUUUUUAACUGCCCUCUCAACCCCGCGGAGGGAGGAGUCUGGGAGAGGAUGGUCCGAUGCGUAAAACGGGUAUUGGCUCAUACAGUAAAGGAUGUGGCCCCGAAGGAACACGUAUUGCAAAGCUUGCUCAUUGAGGCCGAGAACAUUGUGAACUCAAGGCCGCUAACCCAUAUGCCAAUUUCAGUCGAUCAAGAGGCACCUUUGACGCCCAAUGACCUACUGAAGGGGACGUCCAACAUUCCUGAUACACCCGCGGAGAGUGAAGAGUUGCCUAAACCGUGUGAAACCAGGAAGCAUUGGCGCAUGGCACGACUACUGAGGGACCGGUUCUGGAAGCGGUGGGUUCAUGAAUACCUACCGACCCUCGUGCGUCGCGAGAAAUGGUGCGCGCGCACCCAGCCAAUCAGAAAGGAUGAUGUCGUCUACAUCUGUGACCCUGCAACACCACGACGAGAAUGGAGCACGGGUAUAGUCGAGGAGGUAUACACCGGAUCAGAUGGGAUACCUCGGCGAGCAGCUGUAAGAGUCGCCGAUGGAAAUAGGGUUCACAGGGUAACACGUCCCGUCUCCAGACUAGCGGUCCUAGAUGUGAUGCAGUCGCUUCACGGGGGAGGGGAUGUCGCGGGACGGGAAUUGAUCACCGAAUAA